CACGACUGCGACAGUCAUCGGCAGGAAGAGGUGUACACCGAUAAAGAUCGCGCAGCCGCCGUCAACACGGGCACCACCGACAUAAAGCAAUCGUUAAAGAUAAAGCAACGCCAGGAUCGCAGCAAAGAUCUGCAGAUUCCGGAAGAAACCGAACCCGGCGCAUUGCUGACGCUCGGUUUGCGCGAGAUGCGAUUCGGUGACGUUAAUGUUGCCAUAAACUGCAUCAAUAAGGCACUGGAUAUGAAUCCCAAUGAUAAGAACGCUCUGAUAGCGCGGAGCAAUUGCCAUCUAUUGUUAGGAGAGCCGCGAAAGGCGUUGAACGACGCGGAGGCGGCGUUGCAAUUGAAUCCGAAAGAUUCGAAUAACGCGAAGGCGGUUUACUGCAAGGCGGAAGCUCUUUAUCAUCUCGGCGAUUACGAAAUGAGUUUGGUGUAUUAUUAUCGCGGGAUGAGAAUUCGACCGGAGUACGGCCAAUUUCGUCUUGGUGUUCAGAAGGCAAAGUACGCGAUACAGAACGUAUUGCGCAAGGAUUGAUAUGUUUCUGCUGUGAAUCGGAUGAUGUUUCGCAUGUGUGCGUAUAUAUCAGCAAUAAAAUAACAGUAAAAUGUAGGUAUGUGUGUUUUGUGCUCUUGUGAUGUCAAGACACGAACAUAAAUUACUAAUCUCGCAUGUUUUGCUCGUUCAGCUGUGUAAUUUGUUUUAUAGCGUAGAUUUGUUUGUUUUUUUUUGUUUUUUUUUUUUAUAAACGCGAUGAUA